UUACCUUUUUUCAUUUGAUAUCAAGUCAGUGAACUUUUUAAGGGAAUAGUCCAAGUGCCUUAGCUCUUUUGUGCUUCUAAUACCUUCAAGCAAAUUGCAAUUCUGUAUAUCAUUUGCGUUUGCCAACUCGUACUCACAACAAACAGGGCGGAAAGCCUGAUCAUUAUGUGGUUCUUUCCUUGUACUCUCAAGGCUUGCUUGUUGUGUCCUUACACACUUUUCCUGUAUCGAUUUCGAUUGAUUAUCCAGUAUAUUAUAAUGGUUGCGAAACAUAUAUUGUCAUCAGAAGAGAUUCACCAACAGCUCAGAGUUGGGUGUCAUUUUCCAACCUUCAAUGCUGUUAAACCCCCGCCUUACUUCAUGUUUGAUGCUUAAGUUUGCUAAACAAACACUCUAGAGAACAAAAGUCUGGCAUCUUCUGUGAUAAAUCUUUAACAUGGUGGGGCGAAUGACCAAACGCAGGAAGGGAAGACUAUCUGAUUACGAGCCUGCCUGGGAAGCUGACGACUAUGCAAGGACGACUUCAUCAAUUUUGUCUCCAUUCAAAAAGAAAACGUGUAUAUAUUAUUUCGAAAAUGAAGAAAAAUUGGGAUUCUGCAAGUGUGGAAGACCAAAGAGUGACCACAGUAAAGAUGCAAUAAAAAAUGCAAAUUUUCAAUGGAACAUAAAGAAGCAUAUUAAAAGUUGCAAGACCAAUGCAUAUGGAGAAGUUGAAUUUCAUGGAACAAACAGAAAGACAAGAGCUAAAUAUAUUCGAGUAUCAGAUGAAACUGAUGCAAAAGAUGCCUUAAAAUUGCUGCUGAGAGAAUGGAAACUGGAAUACCCAAACUUUCUCGUCUCAGUAACUGGAGGUGCAAAGACCUUCAAACUCCCUGUGAAACUGAAACACCUAUUCAGUAAUGGGCUUUAUAAAGUGGCACAAACUUCAGGAGCAUGGGUAAUCACUGGAGGAACAAAUACUGGUGUAAUGAAACAUGUUGGAGAGGCAUUACAGAUUGCAUCCAAUACCCAAUAUGGCACACAAGGAGAUUCUAAUAGGAGAGUCUAUUGUAUUGGUAUUGCCACUUGGGGUAUUGUGGAAAACAGAAACCUGCUAACUAACACUCGGGGUACUGUGAAGUAUUAUAUGAAGAACAGUAUUGAAGCAGCUGGUGCAUGUCUUGACAACAACCACACACACUUCUUUCUUGUUGAUAAUGGCACUGUUAAUCAAUAUGGUAAAGAAAUCCAGUUUAGAGCUCGACUUGAAAAGCAAAUAAUGAAAAUGGAAGUUGAUAAAAAUCGUGGAAAAGUCCCAGCGGUUCUGCUUGUGCUGGAAGGUGGCCCUAACACUGUGGCCACUGUGUAUGAAGCAAUAACAAACGACCCAGCUGUGCCAGUUAUCGUGAUAAAGGACAGUGGACGUGCUGCUGAUCUUCUCGCUUAUGCCCAUAAUAUAUCUCAUGGAGAGGGGACCUUUUAUUACAUGGGGGAUGUUGUGGAGCACAAACAGCUUUUUAAGAGGAUUGAACAAACCUACCCCGAGUUGAAUCAAGAAGGUUGUUUGAAGGUGUACGGAAACGUAUUGAAGUGCGUUGAAAGAAAGCAUCUGAUAACAAUUUUCGAGAUGGAGGAAGGUACUGCCGAUCUGGAUCAAGCUAUUCUGAAAGCCUUGUUAAAAAGUAAGAGUGCCUCUCCAGAAGAGCAACUCAAACUAGCCUUGUUAUGGAACCGUCCUGAUGUUGCUCGUGCACAGAUAUUCAGCGAGGAGUUAAAAUGGCCUCUGUCAUCUUUGGAAAGUGCAAUGAAAGUAGCCUUGGCGAAAGACAGAACGGAAUUUGUUGAGCUCCUUUUAGAACAAGGUGUCAGCAUGGGGAAUUUCCUAACACGAGACCGGCUUGACAGUCUUUAUAGUACGCGAGCUCGAGAAAGAAAAAGCAUGUUACGGUAUAUGUUAGACAAGGCCAAAUUUGGAGCUGUCACGCUCCGUGAUGCAGAAAGUCUUUUUUAUACCUUGACUGGUCUGUCCUUAAACCCUCAGCAGCAACAGACUCACCGAACUGUCCCACACGCUAUAGCACAUAUUGUUCCUCUCAACACCCGCGAUGCGUUGCACCAGUCAUUUCACCAUCCGUUCAAUCAGCUAUUUGUCUGGGCAGUGCUAAACAACAUGCAGAAAAUGGCUCUAUGUUUUUGGAAGCAUGGCGAGGAACCAAUGGCAAAAGCAUUGGUUGCUUGUAAGUUGUACUUUGCAUUGGCCAAGUAUGCAGACAAAAGGGACAUGAAAGAUGACAUCAUGGAGACACUUACAACCAACGGAGAAGAAUUCCAAAGACUUGCAGUGCAGUUACUUGACCACUGUUUCGUCACAGAUGAAUCGCGUUCAAGCAAACUGAUGACGUAUGAAUUAAGAAAUUGGGGAAACACCACCAACUUGAACCUGGCUGUUACGUCUGGACACACAUUAUUUGUCGCACACUCUUGCAACCAAGAGCUCUUGACAGACAUUUGGUCUGGUGUAAUGACGUUAAGGACGCUAAAGUCAUUGAAGACUGUCCUGUGCAUGUUUUGCCCCCCUCUUGUGUUGUGCCUGAGUUUCCGUACAAAGCGUGAGGUUCUAAAGAUGCCACAGACUGAAGGAAUGCUAGAUGAGUUUUCAUUUAGAGAAGAGGACGAGGAGGAUGCACCUGUCACCAAUGUUGAGAUUGAAGAAGGGCUAGGAGAAAAAAAGGGUGAUUUAAAUCUUAAAAGAAAUGAAACAUUCAGCUCCUCUUUCGAUGAUUCAAUUCUUGGCGCGAGUGAACGAGAUGCUGACACUGUUAUGUCUGCGGAGAUGGUUAAGACACAGUCGCUCAGUUAUUUGGAAAAGUAUCGUGGCUUUUACACUGCUCCAAUCACCAAGUUCUGGGGAAACGUUCUUGCUUACUUGGUGUUUCUUGGACUGUUCACCUACGUAUUGUUGGGGAAGCUGGAGAAAACCCUUUCCAACACGGAGAUAGUUGUUAUUGUGUUUGUAAUUUCUAUGACAACUGAAGAAAUAAGGCAGGUCCUUAAAUCCGACACUGGUCGACUUUACAAGAAGGUAUAUGAAUGGUCUCGAUCCAAGUGGAAUUUGUGCGACGGGCUGGCCAUAUUUUUGUUCUAUAUUGGACUAGGUCUUCGCCUAAACCCAUCAACAGUUAGCGCUGGUAGGGUGGUCCUAGCAGUCGAUAUUAUGUUCUGGAUUAUAAGGCUCCUUGACAUUUUUUCAGUCAAUCAAAACCUUGGCCCGUAUGUUGUCAUCAUCGGCAAAAUGACGAUCGACCUUGCAUAUUUUCUGUUCAUCAUGGCCGUCUUCCUACUCGCUUAUGGUGUUGCAAGGCAGACAAUUCUGGAACCAAACAAACCUGUUUCUUGGAAAUCAGUUGCGGAAAUCUUCUUUGUGCCAUACUUCCAGGUUUACGGGGAACUUUUCAUUGACAAAGAGCACUUAUACAGCAACAACCUGACAUACUUUGGGACGACGAAACACAACGAUUACAGUGAACCUGCCGUUUCCCUGCUAAUGGCCUUCUAUCUACUCAUCGCCAAUAUAUUGCUGCUUAAUCUCCUUAUCGCCAUUUUCAACAAUACAUUUUCAAAAGUUCAAGUCAACUCAAAUCAAAUAUGGAAGUUUCAACGAUACCACUUAAUAUUGGAGUACGCUAGAAGGCCACCUUUAGUGCCCCCCUUUGUAUUCCUUAAUCACAUGUUUUCAGUGCUCAGUUGGGCAUAUAAUCAAUGUCGAAGAUCAGAUUGUUGCGGUGGACAUCAAAACGAAUCCAGCUUCAAAACGGACAGGAAAAUCAAGAUUUACCCUAGUUCUGCUGAACUGGAUGAUUUAAUGCAAUUUGAAGGAAAUUGUCUUGCUGAUUUUCUUCACAAAAGAAAGAAUGCAUUUUUGAGCUCUAAAGAAGAGAAAGGUAGACUUGUACUAGAAAAAAUUGACAACAUAUCUUGGCGAUUGGAGGAAUUCAAACGAGAAACUUGGACAAGAGAGGAACGAAUUGACACAAAAAUGCUGAAAGUUCAACACAAAUUAGAAGAAUUUUCAAAAAGUCUUUCCAAAGCCUUGACUGUGUUAACUGAUAAACAGAGUGGUAUGGGUGACAAAGUGCGGUCUAACAGCAUCCCAGCUAGUGGGAUGCAGCAUGUUCCCAUGAAAAGCAGUGCACCAGCUGCUUCAGUCAACGGCUUAGGUAGAACCCCUCCAACAAUGAGGCGGUUUCUUAGCCAGAACCCUUACAUGCACCAUCCUGCAUAUGACCAAACUCUUCAGUCAAAGAAGCUGCAUGGAACUUUCGGAAAUCAUCAUUGACGUCACCGUUAAGAGCAAAGCUUAUUCAAGCAUACUAUAACAAUGAUGUUGAUAAUGUUGGGGAAGACUGUGUUGAUGGGGCCCCUCCUCAGCCACAACUGCAGGUAGAUGAAGAAGGCACCCCAAAAGAAGAAGCAGUUAAAGAGACCGACAAAAUAUUUGCAGAAGAUAUGAUUGACCAGGAGCUUGCUCCUGAUGGGUUUGAUUCAGUUGAUGGCAAUGAUGCUAUUUGUACCGGGUCA